AUGCGCAGGGCAUGUAAGAAAUAUGGUUAACCAUAUAUGAUAAUGAAAUAAAAGAUCACAGCCAUAGCGUAAGAUCUGUAAAAUAGAACAAACCUGUAAAUGGCUUGCAACAUUCUCUCUUGUUAGCCCCGGAACAUUCAUUAGUUCGAGAAUUCUCUUGGGAACGGCCUCUGCAACCAAGCAUAUUCAAGACCCAUUAACCGGGAGAAUUCAAAUUAUGCAUAGACUAAACUGGUCAUGUUUUUUCAAACCCAGCAGGAGCAAGUUCUUACUGUCGAUUCCGAGUUGAUUUACAGCAUUGACAAACUGCUGAUGGAGCUCGACAGACCAAACCACACGGGGUUUUUUUGAUGAGGAAGGGUCAUCGUUUUCGAGUUCACCAUCAUCUUCCUCUUCUUUAGCGUCCCUUUUCUUCUUCUGAGAUUUCCAAUUACUAUCAUUUGCAUCAUUAACCGAUGAAGUGUACUCAGCAUCAUCUGUCCCUCGUCUGUGUUUGUCAGAAUCCUCUACACUACCUGAUUGCUCGUGGUCUUUGUUUUCAUUCCAUUUCUUCCUAACUACAUGUUGCCAGAUGUUCUUUAAUUCUUCAAAACGGACAGGCUUUAUCAAGUAA